GCGCAUCCAGCUGCAGCUUGUAGCACUGCACUUCAAUGAGCUGCAACUUGAAAUGGGUGAAUUCCAGGUCAUCCAGCAGUUGGAGGUGGUGAUACAUAUGACAUGAAGAGAGGUUAAAAACGAGAAGGAAUUUGUCUCCAGGAAGCCCAAAAAUGGCAUGCCAGUUUCGUUGUCUGUGUCUCGAUAUAUAAGAAGUGGAGUAAGGGAUUCAAUCGACCAUCCUUCCUGCUCAGACUGUGGGGAGGGAUUCACUCGGUCAUUAGACCAACUGGCAAGACCAUCAUUUUACACAGGAGAAAGGCCGUUCACCUGCUCAGUGCGAAUGGAUUCACUCGGUUAUCACAAUUGAAGGUUCAUAAGCAGGUUCACACUGGUCAAGGACAUUCACCUGUUCUGUGUGUGAGAAAGGAUUCAGUCAGUCAUCCCACCUGUGGACACACCAGUUAGUUCACACCAGGCAGAGGCUGGUGAUCUGCUGAAUUUGUGGGGAAGGAUUCACUCGGUCAUCUGACCUAAUGGCUCAGCAGCGAGUUCACACUGGAGAGAGGCUGUUCACUUGCUCAGUCUGUGGGAAGGGAUUCACUCGGUCAUCUCACCUACUGGUACAUCAGCGAGUUCAUACUGGGGAAAGGCCGUUUAUCUGCUCAGUCUGUGGGAAGGGAUUCACUCAGUCUGCCAACCUCCAUAGUCAUGAGCGAGUUCACACUGGGGAGAAGCCAUUUACCUGCCUAGAAUGUGGGAAGAGAUUCACUCAUGCUUCUACCCUGCAGACUCAUCAGCGAUUUCACACAGGGGAGAAGCCGUUCACUUGCUCAGUCUGUGAGAAGAGAUUCACUCAGUCAUCUGACCUACUGCGUCACCAGCGAGUUCACACUGGAGAGAAGCCACUCACCUGCUCAGAAUGUGGGAAGGAAUUCACUCGGUCAUUUGACCUAAUGGCUCACCAACAAGAUCACUCUGUGGAGCGCCCAUACACCUGCUCGAACUGUGGGAAGGGAUUCACUUUGUCAUCUAAGCUACUGAUACAUCCUCAUGUUCACAGUGGGGAGCCGUUCACCUGCUCAGUCUCCGGUAUGAGAUUCACUGAUUCAUCCACCCUACAGCGUCACCAACGAGUUCACACUGGGGAGUGGCCGCUCACCUGCUCAGUCUGUGGGAAGGGAUUCACUCGGUCAUUUGACCUAAUGGCUCACCAACGAGUUCACACUGGUGAGCGGCCAUUCACCUGCUCAGUCUGUGGGAAGGGAUUCAAUCAGUCAUCCAACCUGCAGAGUCAUCAGCGAGUUCACACUGGGGAGAAGCCGUUCACCUGCUCAGAAUGUGGGAAGGGCUUCUCUCAUUUAUCCAACCUACAGAGACAUCAGCGAGUUCACACUGAGGAGAAGCUGAUCACCUGCUCAGUCUGUGAGAAGGGAUUCACUUGCUCAUCUACACUGAAGGUACACCUGUGAGUUCACACUGGGGAGAAGCCGUUCACCUGCUAAGAAUGUGGGAAAGGAUUCACUCAGUCAUCCCAACUACUGGCACAACAGUCAGUUCACACUAGGGAGUGGCCGUUGUUAUGAAUCCCUGGGUUUCUUUUGCUGUGGACUGUCACUUUAAGAGAGAGAUAGAUUACGAAGAUGAAUCAGUCUGACUUGCAGCUUGUUUAGUUUUAACCAAGGACACAGACACUCAUAGUCAGAUGGAGGUGAAGGAGGAAAAAUGGAAGGAUCGAAACAAAGUAAGUAAUGGCCAAGGGUCACUGUUUAGAACUUUCCUAUGCCCACAAUGGUGAGUUAAUUAUCGAUUCACUGUACAUCGAUUGUGUGGUUGGCACCUUGUUUGAUCCAUAGGAGUGGAUCUGAUUUGGGGUAUACUGUGAAGACCACUGAUGUGUUAACCAUUGUCUGGCUGUGGUGUGGUAAUUAACUUGAAGACAAUACCCCUUGUGACAAGUCAUUUUUGUGAUAAUUCAUAUGUGAGUUUGAAAUGACGACAGGUAAAAUCUCCAGCAACUGCUCUCUCGUUUUACCACCAUGGAGCAUGUGGAAUUCGACAUAAUUGCCUUCUCUUGACAUUUAGCCUGGAUUACAAAUACCUCUCACUCAUCACCUGUUCCGUGGUUGAACUGAAGUUUCAUACUUUGCCAUCUCAAUACUCCAAGAAUUGUUUCCCGGAGCUCCAUAGUUUGAGAGUUUUAUUCAUUCACAUAUAUACACAUAACACUGUUAACUUUUGUUUAUCUUGCUUAAGUUGCUAUAUUAUAAGUAUAUUCUAAUAAAGGUUUUAACAUAAAAAAACAGACUCCAA